AUGGCAGAGAGUAGCAACUGGGGCAACAAGAGUAGUGGUAGCAGCGGCAGCAGCGCUGGCAGCGCGGGCAAGGGGGCGGUGUCUGCAGAGCAGGUGGUUGCUGGCUUCAAUCGCCUCCGGCAGGAACAGAGAGGCCUAGCAUCCAAAGCAGCUGAGCUGGAAAUGGAGUUGAAUGAGCACAGCCUAGUGAUAGAUACACUGAGAGAAGUGGACCCGACCCGGAAGUGCUAUCGGAUGGUUGGGGGUGUGCUGGUGGAGCGAACUGUCAAAGAGGUGCUGCCUGCUUUGGAGGGUAACAAGGAGCAGAUUCAGAAGAUCAUUGAGACACUGACCCAGCAGCUUCAAGCAAAGGGAAGGGAGUUGAAUGACUUCAGGGAGAAACAUAAUAUUCGGUUAAUGGGUGAGGAUGAGAAACCAGCAGCCAAGGACAAUGGGGAGGGGUCUGGAGCCAAGGCCAGCUCAGCUGGCGUGCUAGUCUCCUAA